CUACUAACCACUUACUUGGCAUCUUUCAUAUGCUUUGUUACAUAGAGGUGGACAACCGGGUUAAAAUUAAUCUACCUCAACCAUUUAACUCCGCUAUCUAAUCAAUGACGAAUCACUUAUAAAAUAAAUUAACAUACUUACUAAGUGUAUAUGUAGAUAAUACAAAAUUUCGACUUAAAUAUCCACCUCAUUAGCCUCUAUUAUACCCUCUUAUUUUACUUAUUAGUCUCAUUUCUGAAUAGGGUUAAGUCACUUUAUUAGUCUCAUUUCUAUUUAUAGUAUGUAUUUUUACCUUAUUAACCUUACUCAUAUUACUUUGUUACAAUUAAUCUAAUAAAUAAUUAUUAACAAUUUACUUAUUAUCUUUUCUCUCUCCUUUACAAGUGAUUCCAUUUGACCACCUAAAAUUUUGUGACAAAAAUGAGACUAAUUAGAAGAAUGGGAAGAAGUAUAAUGUAUUUAAAAAAUCAAAAAAUUAAAGUAUGAAAUUUUAGCUUUUUAGUUGGCUUUACUACAUAUAAUCUUCCAAUCAUAACUUCCUAUUUAUAAGCCUACGAAGCGAAAAGUUCUUGGAGGUUCUUUAACUAGAACGAGUAAACCACCACAAUAAGUAGAGUAUAGGCCCUGAUAAUUAUUGUAAGCAUGUCUUUCUUCAAACGUUUUUGUUUUGAUGAGUUGAGAAGUGAUGGUAGCAGUUAUGAAAGUGUUUUGUCGAAUGAUAUCUUACCAUCUCUUGGAGCUCGAAUCAAUCAAGCCAUCAAGCUCAAGAAAUAUGUGAUCUCCCCAUUUGAUCCUCGUUACAGGUGAUAUAACAAUGUACAACCUUGAAUGGCAUGGGAGAUGCUGCUAGUAAUAUUGGUUGUAUACUCGGCAUGGAUUUGUCCAUUUGAGUUUGCAUUCCUUACAUUCAAACAGGAUGAUGCGCUCUUCAUUUUCGAUCACAUUGUCAAUGGCUUUUUUGCUGUUGAUAUACUUCUUACUUUCUUCGUUGCAUACGUUGAUAGCCGAACUUACUUGCUUAUUGAUGAUCAUAAGAAAAUUGCAAUCAGGUAUUUAUCAACGUGGUUUAUUUUUGAUGUGGCUUCAACAGCACCACUUCAGACGCUUAGUCUUAUAUUUACAGACCACAACGGUGGAGUUGGUUUUAAGGCACUUAAUAUGCUUAGACUUUGGAGACUUCGAAGAGUCAGCUCCCUAUUUGCCAGGCUUGAAAAAGAUAUCCGGUUCAACUAUUUUUGGACCCGGUGCACAAAACUUGUCUCAGUGACUUUGUUUGCUGUACAUUGUGCUGGAUGCUUCUAUUACCUUAUAGCGGAUAGAUAUCCGGAUCCGACCCAAACAUGGAUUGGUGCAGUUAACCCAAAGUUUAAAUCAGAGAGUGUUUGGAAAAGAUACAUUGCUUCAAUAUAUUGGUCUAUCGUGACAUUAACAACAACUGGUUAUGGAGAUCUGCAUGCUGAGAAUACAAUUGAGAUGUUAUUUGACAUCUUUUACAUGCUAUUUAACUUAGGUCUCACCUCCUAUAUCAUUGGAAAUAUGACAAAUCUUGUUGUGCAAUGGACUAGCCGCACCCGAAAUUUUAGGGAUACAGUAAGGGCUUGUACAGAAUUUGCUGCACGAAACCAGCUCCCUCCAAAAAUAGAAGACCAAAUGCUGUCACAUGUUUGUCUCAAGUUCAAAACAGAAGGGUUAAAACAGCAAGAGACCCUAAAUCGUUUACCUAAAGCUCUUCGAUCCAACAUUUCAAAGUAUCUCUUCUUUCCUAUUGUUCAGCAAGUUCAUCUUUUCACUGGAGUUUCUCCUAAUUUCCUCCUCCAAUUGGUUUCUGAAAUGGAUGCUGAAUAUUUCCCCCCAAGAGAAGAUGUGAUCUUACAAAAUGAAGCGCCAACAGAUAUUUAUAUUCUUGUAUCUGGUGCAGUGGACAUGCUAGCACACAUAAAUGGGUGUGAUAAGAUUGUUCAAAAGAUAUGUGCAGGAGAUAUAUUUGGAGAAAUAGGUGUUCUAUGUAACAUGCCACAGCCAUUCACAAUUAGGACUACAGAGUUAUCACAAAUAUUAAGGUUAAACCGCGCUUCACUUACAAAUAUUAUCCAAGCAAACAAGGCAGAUGACCACAUCAUAAUGCGCAAUCUGUUUAUGAAACUUAAAGAUUUAGAAAGCCAAGGUAUUAUUGAGCAGCAAAACAUUGAGGAGUAUAUGUAUGAUGAAUGGUUUAAUGGGCAACAAAAAUGCAGAAUGUACUCAAAGUAUGAAUGUGGUUAUAACUUACAUAAAAGUACCUUGAUGAACAAUGGAUGUGGUAUGAACAUUUACUCAUCAGCUGAUGAUAAUAAACCAAAGUUUUGUUCCUCUGUUAAAGAUGAGGACUUUAGUACAGUUAAGAUUCAGUUAGAUGAUCCAGACAUCAAUGACAUUACUCAGAGGAAUCAUGGAAACACAGAAAUCCAUAAGAUUUGCCAUUAUUGUGAUCAAUCUGAGAAGUUGAGUUCAAGGGAUUAUGAAGCUGCAACUUCAGGAGUUAAUAAUAAUAAUAAUAAUGAUAAUAAUAAUAAUAAUAAUAAUAAUAAUAAUAAUAAUAAAAUUAGAGUUGUCAUUUACAUGCAUUCAGAAAGGGGUGAUUAUAUGGAAGGGAAGCAUUUUGGUAAACUUAUUGUCUUACCUGAUAGCAUUGAAGAGCUUUUCAGUAUUGCAGGUAAAAAGUUUCAAAGAAACUUCACAAAAAUCAUUAAUACAGAGAAUGCAGAAGUUGAAGACAUUGGUGUGAUCAGAGAUGGAGACCAUUUAUUUUUCCUGCAAUAAGGAUCCAUAGUGUUUUCUGUUUUCUUUUUUUUUUUGACACGAAAUUAAGUAAAUUGAUUGUUCAACGAGUUGAAGUAAUUGAUUUGUUGUACAGUUGAAGUUCCGAUUAGCUUAUUUAUUGGAACUUUCAAACGUAGCUAUUGCAUUAAUCUUGAGUGGAGAAAAAAAAUAUAUAGUCGUCAUUAAUGUGUAAAUUUUAUUUAACCACAAGCGCACAGUGUACGUGUAACUAUAAGGGUUUGAACUCAAAAAAGCAAAUUAAUACAUUCGUUCAGUUUAUGGUCACAGGAUACAGACAAACUAUAUAAUUGGUUUG